AUGCAUUUAGUAAUGAAACAAUGCCCUUGGAUCUCCUGGACCAAGACCAAGAUCCAGGACUUUGUGGAAUCGCAAGGAGAACCUGUUAGCGACGAGGACAUCGAAGUCAUGGGGAGCUUCACAUACCUUGAAUUUCAAGGUCCCGUGUACCACGACUAUAUAAGGGCCUCCAUCUGCCGUAAGGCUACCAGUUGCACAGCUACGGUUCUCGCCUCAGCUGGGGAUACGAUGAAGCUCACUUACCUGUUGCUGGCUCUGGCCGCCGCCCUCGUGAUAGCGGAAGCCAGCCCUCUGGCCGCUGCUGAAAAUGAGGAAGGGGAGAACGAGUUUCACGAAGGCAACGGCGAAAACGGGGAAGUGGGAGAAAACGGGAACGGAGAACGGGAAGAAGCCAACGGGGAGGAAGAGACGAACGGAGGAAAUGGAGAAAUGAAUGAAGCUGAGGCCGAGGCCGAGGAGGUGAAUGAAGCCGAGGCUGGAGAAAUGGAUGAAGCUAAUGAGGCUGAAGAGAUGAGUGAAAACAACAACGUAGAAGGAUCGACCGGAAAUGAGGCGUCAGGUGGCGUUGAAGGCCGCACUCGGGGCAACAACAGCCAACAGGGCAGCUCUCGCUUCCUCGGAGGAUCUCUCGAUUCUCUCAACCUUGGACAGUCUGUCGUGGGAGGAUUUCUCGGUGGUCUCGGCAACCCCAACUUCGGAACCGGUCCUACAAGCCCAGGCUUCGGAGGCAGCCCCGUUGGUCCAGGCUUCGGAGGCAGCCCCGUCGGCCCAGGCUUCGGAGGCAGCCCCGUCGGCCCAGGCUUCGGAGGCAGCCCCGUCGGCCCAGGCUUCGGAGGCAGCCCCGUUGGUCCUGGUUUCGGGGGUAGUAUUAUCAACCCAGGACUUGUAGGAGGAUCCGUCAACCCCGGUUUUGGAGGUAUUAUCGGCACUCCAGGUGUUGGCGGUGCCUGUCGCUACAGCUGUCGCGCUCCCAACGGCAGGUACGUCUGUUGCAAACCAGGCAGUUGCCCGCCCGUGCGUCCAACCUGCCCUCAGGUGAGGGAUUUCGCUCCACCCACGCCUUGUUCAAGCGAUUUCCAGUGCUUUGGUACCGAUAAGUGUUGCUACGACUCCUGCCUGCAGGAGACCGUCUGCAAGCCACCUCUGGGUAUCGGAGGCUUCGGUCGCUGAACGGCUGUCGUAGAAGCACUCAAAUCUGUUGUCCCAUCGUUAGGAUGAUGUAACUGUGUAUAUAAAAUUUGAACCUGUGUGAAUAUAUUUAAAUAAUGACAAA